ACUGAGAUCGGCAGGCUCAUUUUGCAAUUUUGCAUUUACACCCUGCUCCCUAGAGCUCCAGCUACACAAAAAAUAAGGGAUCCCCUCAUUAUGAAGACACACUCCCUCUGCUCCGAUCCAUGAUGUUGAUGUCAGAGCUGCCUCUCUCUCUCUCUCUCUCUCUCUCUCUCUCUCUCUCUCUCUCUCACUUGCUCGCUUGCUCUAUAAGGUGACCUGCCUCUUUGGAAAUGCUCUGCAAAACUGACAAGGCAUCUGCGUUUGAGCCUUGCUAUAGGCAAGCUUUAGCUUAGUAACUAGUCUGACUGAUGCACUUUGUAACUGGACUGGCUGUGGAACAUUUGCCUUCUGAGGUUUUUGGAGUUAUUUAGUAUAAAAGUGGAUAAACCUGCUUUUGCAUUUGGGGAUUUUUAAUUAUUUUUCCUUUGGGAUUCAUUUUUUGGAAAGCUUGGAAAUGUACUCUGGAAGGAAUCUGAGGACUCUGGCUGUUAUUUGCACAGUCUUGUUGUUUGUUGUAUGUUCAGCUGAAGGAGAGGCGUCCAGAGGCUGUUCCCGUCCGUGCUCCUGCCCCCCGUCUCCACCUUCCUGUCCGGUCGGAGUGAGCUGGGUGCUGGAUGAGUGCGGCUGCUGUAGGGUGUGCGCCCAACAGUUUAACCAGGACUGCGGCCCUGACCGACCCUGCGACCACAUCAAGGGCCUGCGCUGCCACCUAGGGGCCGGAGGAGACCCUCGACGUGGUCUCUGCAGAGCUGAGGCUCAGGGGCGUCCAUGUGAGUUUGCUGGUCGUGUGUAUCAGCACGGAGAGGAUUUCCAGCCCAGCUGUGAGCACCAGUGCAGCUGUAUGGAUGGCGUGGUGGGCUGUAUGCCGCUGUGUCCACACAACAUCCCUCUGCCCCGCAAACACUGCGCCAACCCCCGUCUGGAAACGCCGCCGGGACGCUGCUGUGAGGAGUGGCUGUGUGACGACGAUAACAGCAUCAGAGAAGACCCACCAGACCCCCGUCCCCAUCGCACCCCAUCCAACCAUAUCAACAAACUCAUACAGAGUCCUAACAGCGUCCAGACCAGGAGGGGCUCCUUUCAAGAGUGGGUGUCCCUGCCAGUGUCUCAGAUUCCCUUCCCAUCAACCGAAUGUUUCCCACAGACCACCGACUGGUCCGAAUGUUCUGCUUCCUGUGGGUUUGGCAUCUCGAGUCGUGUGACCAAUAGUAAUGCCCAGUGCAAGCUUGUUAGAGAGACUCGUCUUUGCCAGAUCAGAGAAUGUGACAUCACUCCAGCUGUGAAGAAAGGAAAGAAGUGCAGGCAAACGGUGAGGUCUCGGGAACCGGAGCAGAUCACGUUCGCUGGCUGCUCUACGGCUCGCCGCUACCGGCCUCGUACGUGCGGCUCGUGUGUGGAUGGCAGAUGCUGUCAGCCGUCCUCAUCCCGCACGGUGCGUCUGCGGUUCCGCUGUCCAGAUGGCGAGAGCAUCACACGUAAUGUCAUGUGGAUCCAGCGUUGCCGCUGCAGCAAAAGCUUCUGCGGAGUUCAGAGAGAGCGAUCCUCACCCACCGUCAGCCUUCACAACGACAUUCACACCUUCUCUCACUGAACACACUCACACAAUGCGCCAUCAAUACAUAAUGCCUAAAACUUACUUUUCACAUUCAAAGGAUGUCCUGUUUUAGGCAAGAUUCCUGAACUAUAGAGUAGUAAACUGUUUUAGACUGUGUAUAGUUUUUGCACUUUAUAUGUUUCUCCUUUGCUUUGACCUACAGGCUCUGAAUCUCAUGAAAACAUAUCCAGGUCACAUUUCUUGAAGACUGUUGUUAGCCCAUGUUUCCACAUCUUUCUGCUUUUAUUUAUUCUGUUGUUUUUAAAUUUUAAGUGUUUGUUGUGUCUUGAAGGAUAAGUGACUUAUUGGGCUUUAGAUGAAUGACUUCCUGUCACUCGAUGGGUGAGAGAAUGCACUAGUAAUAAGGGGAAUGAGAUUACCUGAUUAAGGGAUAAAAUGAAGACUUUAAAAAAUAUUUUUGGCUUUUAAACUAAUAUAUUUUCUGUCCAUUCUUCAUACGGCAGAGUUUUUACUCGUAUAUUAAGUUGUACAGUACAGUACAGUUAAUGUGUGGAAGAAAGCAGGAUGGAAAUGUGUUUUAACACAGAUGUGUGUGAGCGGAUGACUGGAGACUUGCUUUGUCUUUUGUACAGUGUACAGGCUUCACUAUAGGUGGAGUGACUCUUUGAGACUGCUUCAUUUUUCGGGGCAAUUCUAGACACUCUCUUGUAUAGGAGUGAACGACUAUUUGUAUAGUUAAGAUAUUGAAUAUAAAUGACUUUGCUGAUGAAUCUGGGACACAAAAAAUAAAACAUUU